AUAUUAUGGAUAUAAGAUCAGCUAUAUGCAAUCUUGUAAUGACUGUUUCGAACUUCAUUAUAGAACCAAAACUUAAGACUUAACUUGAUUAACUUUAUAAUCUUGCCUCCAAACCCAAUUCCAAUCUUGAUGACAUAUUCACAUUCAUGAAUAACAUCAGCAAAUCCACAAAUAUUCAUUAAAGAGUCUAAUCAUAGCCUUUCUAACUUAAUUCUCCUAAACCAUCUAAUAAAGUAUAAACACAGUCUGGUGCUAGUGUUUCUGCAUUUUCUGGUGGAAUCAACAACAAAAUUACAAAUUUUGGAAAUCAAUUAAAUUAUGCUAGUCCAAGUAAGACUUAUAGAGAAGAUAAAAUUCAUAAAAAUUAUUCAGAUAGAUAAAUUUGUCUAACUAGUGAAACAUUAACAUAAACUCCUAAAAAUUAAACUGAUUUCAAGCUAACUAUAGACUUACCAUCCAAAAUUAAAUUGUAAUCUAAAAUUCAUACUCAUCAUCCUACAGUUCCAGCUAUCUAAGAUCUUUUUUAAUAGUCUUAAAAAGAAAUCAAUAUACCAAAAAAUUAUACUUAAAAAAUUCAUACCUAAAUUAAUUUUAAUUAAUAAUUAGAAUAAUAAUUAGUAAUAAAAUAGUAUAAUCAGAAUAAUAAUAAAAUCUCCCAUCGAUUAUUAGUAAACUUAGAUUAAUGUAUCAAGGAAAUGAGUACAAAUACAUUUAAAUUGAUACUAACAAAUGAAAAAACAUCUGAAAUAGAAACUUGCACAUCUAUUCAUCACAAUAGUUAAUUAGAAAAUUCAAUUACAAUAAAUUAGAGAAAAUAAUAUAAUGUAAAAUUAUUGCCAUAUUAUAUAGCCAUUGUAAAAAGGAAUUCAUUAGAAGAUGACUGAUAAAGAUCUAUUUUAUAUUUAAUAAAAUUUUUUGAUGAAAAAAUUAAUUGUUAAAGCAAAAUAAUAAGUUGAAAAAAGUUCUCCUUUGAAUCCAAGUUUAGAUAUAUUUUUAAAAUGA